CCAGAGUGAUAUUUUUUGGGUAUGCGUCACAUUUUUAGUGAACUAUGCUUAGCGUGUCUAGAAAAGAGUGUUUGUUUAUGUUCGAGUUUGCAUUCAAAAUCGUUGAUAGCGUACAUCGGUAGAUCUGUAGUUUUGGUCUUUUCCACCACGUAAUAGCAGCUUUCGUCAUUCCUCAGCAUGGGAGCCUUGAGAUUCCUGCUGGUCAUUUCGCUUGGCAGCAUCCUGGCAGCAAGUUCCGCCAGUGGUUCCCUCUCUCAUCGCCCACACCCACCACCUGACCGGGACUGCGAACAGAUUCGUAACUUUGUGGCCGAUUACGCUAAAUUUCUCAAGCAAAUGUCCUCACAAACGUAUCCGGUGAACAAGUUUUGCAGCAGCAACGAUACAGUGUUUAACUACCAACAGGCCGUCGAGUGGUUCGGUGCUGCCAAGGGUAAUGAAUCUUGCGCUGCGGAUUUUCACCACAAUCGGUUGAACGUAAUUCAGACUCUGUAUGACCAGAUGACCUCAAUCUGGGAAUCGGCGCACUGUGCGGACUGCGUUUCCAACCAGAAUGAAACGGCCGAGUUUAUGGAGCUGUACGAUGCCCAGCAAAAUUGUACCGUAGUUAAUAGCAAUCCGUGCGACUUGUGCGCCGGAAACUACACCGAAAUGCAGAAUUUUUACGAGAAAUUGGUAAAGGCUCGCAAUGGAAUCGUUUGCUUCGACAUCGAAGAUCGAAUGAACCAGACCAGAUAUGCCUGGAGCGCGGUCUACAAUUGCUGCAAAGGGAAGCAACACUCGCAGGAGGCAUUCAUCUGGUUUGCUUCCGGAAUUAGCGGUCUGCCGAUCGUAUUCUACAUGGCGAUGUACUUCAUUACCCGCCGGAAGGAGGCCAGGGAACGUGCCGCCGCCCCGCUGUUGAAUGAUCAAGUCGAGGAGGAGCAACCGGAAGCGGAACAACCUCAAGCAGGCACCAGCCACGGUGGUCAUGGCCAGACCAAGGCCGAACAGCUUCCUAAUGGCAAUUGCGAGACCGAUCCCGACCAGUGUAGCGUUGAGGAAGAACCGAAGCUCAUUAACAACCUGAACAUCACGCGAGGAGUUCGGGAAAGUCGCUUGAUCGACCUUCAGGACAGUGGCAGCGAAAAUUUCCUCAACUCGGAGCGAGGCUUGAAGUUGCCGCCACAGAAGAAUCCUGAUAAUGAUGAUGAUGAUGUGUCUCUGAUUGGCGCCAAAAAUUUGCUUGAUUAACUGCGAUUAAGAUCUCUUUUUAUAGCUUAUAAAAUUGAAUGCUUAUCGUAAUCGUUAAUCGUUAGUUAUCGUAAUAAUGUCGUUAAGGGAUGUUUGCAGCCCAAGGCUGGAUGUUCGAAAAUCAUUCGUGGAAUGCAAGUUGGCCAUGUUGACUGAAAUAAAUCGAAUUUAAGAUAA